CACUACAUCCUCAACAGAAAGCAUCACUACAAUCAUGGAUACAAUGAGGCAUCAACAGGAUAAUACCACAGACCUUAAAAAGUCCAAGUCUAUGAAGAAAAUCAACCACUUCACAGAUGUGCAUGGUCUGCCAUGCAUCGAGAGCAUUGUGAGAUCAGUGGAGGAGACCCCCGAGCCCAUCACCACCAAAAUCACUGGCACCAUCCCAGAGUGGAUCAAUGGGAACUUCUUACGAAAUGGGCCCGGAAAGUUUGAGAUUGGAAACCAAAAGUUCAACCACUGGUUCGAUGGCAUGGCUCUUCUGCACCAGUUCAAAAUUCACAACGGUCAUGUGACUUACAAAAGCCGCUUCCUGUCCAGUGACAGUUACCAGGGUAACAAGGAGCACAGCCGCAUAACAGUGUCAGAGUUUGGGACACUCACCAUGCCAGACCCCUGUAAAAACUUCUUCCAGCGCUUCCUGUCCAGGUUUGAGCUACCAAAGCCCACUGAUAAUGCCAACGUAAGCUUUGUGACCUACAAGGGUGAUUAUUACGUGAGCACAGAAACCAACCUCAUGCACAAAGUGGACCCUGAGACCCUGGAGACAACCCAAAGGGUGGAUUGGAGCAAAUUCAUUGCUGUCAAUGGAGCCACUGCACACCCCCACACUGAGCCCGAUGGAACAGCGUACAACAUGGGGAAUUCUUACUCCGCUAAAGGUGCACACUACAACAUCAUCUGUGUGCCUCCAACCAAGAAAGUGGCAGAUGAAACCCUGGAGGGAGCCCGAGUGCUCUGCUCAAUCCCCUCCAAGGACAAAACCAAGCCCUCAUACUACCACAGCUUUGCGAUGUCUGAGAACUACGUGGUGUUCAUUGAGCAGCCCAUUAAGAUGGACAUAUUGAAGGUCGUGACAGGAAAACUGACAGGGAAGAGCAUCAGCGACAGCUUUUACUGGGACCCCAAACUCAACACCGUCUUCCACCUGAUCAACAAGCAGACGGGGAUGGUGAGUUCAGUCAAGUACCUCGCUAAGCCACUGUCCACGUUCCACCAGAUCAACGCCUAUGAGGAGGGCGGCUUCCUGAUCAUGGACAUGUGCGCUUCAGAUGAUGGCCAGGCCAUCACUAACUACAACAUCCAGAACCUCCGCAAGUCUGGAGAGGCUCUGGAUGAGGUGUACAACACCCUGUGUAGAGUCUUCCCAAGACGAUUUGUUCUGCCACUGAAUGUGAACCAUGAGACACCAUUUGAUCAGAAUCUGAACCAACACUCCGGCAGCACUGCAACCGCCGUCAAGAUUUCCAAGAACCAGGUGUUCUGUACUCAUGAGGACUUGCACGGGGAGGAGCUCCAUGAAUACGGAGGUCUGGAGUUCCCUCAGAUUAACUAUGGUGUCUACAACACCAAGCCAUACCGCUACUUUUACGGCUGUGGCUUCAGACACCUUGUCGGUGACACACUCAUCAAGAUGGAUAUCCACGGGAAACAAAUGAAGGUGUGGGAGCAGCCAGGUCUUUAUCCCUCUGAACCGGUCUUCGUACCCGCCCCCAACGCCACAGAGGAGGAUGAUGGAGUCGUCAUGUCCGUUGUCAUCACUCCAAAUAAGGACAAGAGCACGUUCCUUCUGGUCUUAAAUGCUAAGACUUUUGAGGAGCUGGGACGGGCUGAGGUGCCUGUCAACAUCCCUUAUGGCUUCCACGGAGCAUUCAACCCCACACCAUAGCUCUUUAACCAUUACAUAUCCUAUAUUAGCCACAGAAGCUGUUGGGGUUGAAGUUAGUCCCUUUGUAAAUAUGGUAUGUGAUUUUUUAUUUUUAUGGGACAAUGUGAGUUCACCACACAUUUAACAAGACCGUGCAUGUAUAGUUUACUUUGACUUUACAAAACUGAAAAAAAAACAAAACAAAACUGUCAGAUGUCUUGAUGUGAACUAAUGAAUAGUAUGUUUUUUUACAUUUAGGUAAA